CCGGUAUUCAUAAUCACAUUCUAAAAUCCGAAUUUUGCAUUUUAUCUUUUUGUUGAUUUGAAAAUGUUCUCAAAAACCCAAAAAGCGACGGAUAAGAUCAGGCUAUUGUUGCAAAACACGGUCGAUUGCUCAGUGUUUCUUCGGUUCUUGAGCAUGAGCCACAAGAAGAGCUCCAAAAUUCAGGCUAUCUACGACCUUUGUAAGAAGACCUUAACUCCCGCCAACUCUCCACUUUCUUCUCAAACUAUCCAGAAUCUAUGUUCCCUUAUGGACACAGUUGGCCCGGGCGAUGUUGGGCUUAAAGAAGAGAAUGUUGAUGACGACCGAGGGCAUGGGCUUUUUGGACUGAGCCAAUUGAAUAGGAUAGCUCGAUGGGCUCAACCAAUAACAUAUGUUGACAUAUUUGAAUGUGAAAGUUUUACGAUAUGUAUCUUCUGCUUUCCAACUUCUUCCGUCAUCCCGCUUCAUGACCAUCCUGGGAUGACUGUGUUCAGCAAAGUUCUCUAUGGUUCUCUUCAUGUAAAAGCCUAUGACUGGGUUGAACCUCCCUUCAUUCAGGAAAGCAAGGGCUCUACUUAUUUUCCAGCAAGGUUGGCUAAGUUAGCAGUUGAUAAAGUUCUAACCGCAUCAAGUGCAACAUCAGUUUUGUACCCAAAAACUGGAGGUAAUCUGCAUUGUUUCACUGCAGUUUCACCUUGUGCCGUGCUUGAUGUUCUUUCGCCUCCUUAUAACGAAGAUAAAGGAAGAAGAUGUACAUACUACCAUGAUUAUCCAUACUCAACUAUUUCUAUAGAAUCCAAACCCAAUCUUAACGAUGAAGAAGUAGAAGAUUAUGCUUGGCUUGCAAAAAUCGAGACCCCUGAUGAUCUAUAUAUGCGACCUGGGAUGUAUGCUGGUCCCGGAAUUGAAAUUUAGGCAUCGACUGAUCUGUGGAAUUAUUGAGCUUCUUCCAAGGUCUACCAGGAAAGCUGCUUCUACCCAUCGUUUUACUAGAUUUACUCUUUUAAAGGAAUUUGUUUCUUACAGUGUCUUUUAUGCUGAUUAUACUCCUAUAUACUCUUAGGCACAGUAUUGAUGUAAUGUAGAAGCUUCACUCAGUUGUAUGUUUUACCUUGGAAACUGAUAAAUAUAGGUGCAAGCAGUUAUUCAUCGUGUGAAAAUGAUUCCUGCUUUUACAUUUUCUUUUGGAAGUAGAUACCUACUUUUAGUUGAUUA